AUUUUAAUAGAACUUUUUAAUAUAUUUAAAUAUACUCAUAAUAUAAAGCUAUGACAUUUGCUCUGACCUUUACACGUCCGACUUUAUUUCGCGUAAUUCUGGGCCUAUGUUUUGCCAUUCUCUAUGCAUUAAUGUUUUUUUAAUUGGAACUUUGUAUUUGACGACAUCGAAUUGCAUUUAAAGAACUUCUAAAAUGAAAUGCUGAGUUCAUUUGAGAACACCACACCAAAUAGUAAACAACUAUAAGUUUUGUGACCAGCUGCAUAGAACAAUACUUUGUAUUUAAUACUCGUAUAUAUUAUAAUAACACAAGAAAAAAGAAUCUGUUCAAGAAAUAUUUAAAGUUAAAGUUCAGAUUGAAACGACUGACGAAACAAAAGCCAACAUGAUACCGGCAUUCUAUGACAAUUGUGAAAUAUUUGUUACCGGCGGAACAGGUGCUCUAGGAAAAUCGCUAUUGGAGAAAUUGUUAAGAUCUUGCAAUGUGGAUCGCAUUUAUAUCUUAUUGCGUUCGAAAGGAACCCUAAAUCUGGAACAACGUCUACAAAAACUCUGCAAUGCCAAAAUAUUUCGUGUUUUAAAAUCAACAAAACCAGAUGCAUUGAACAAACUUGUGCCCAUAGCCGGUGAUGCCAUGAAGAAGGGAUUGGAUAUUUCGGAAGACGAUGUGAAGUUAAUGGAAAAUGUUUCCGUUGUUUUUCAUUGUGCAGCUACUGUGCGCUUUGAUGAAGAACUCACAACUUCCCUCAGACUAAAUGUAGCUGGUACAUUGGAAGUAUUAAAGCUCGCUGAGAGUUUUAAGAAUCUGAAAUUAUUCAUGCACGUGUCAACGUUUUUUAGCAAUCCGUACUUGAACUAUGUGGAACCAAAGGUUUACACUUCACCAUUGAGUUGGAGAACAUGCUUAAAGCUAUUGGAAAACAAUAAUUCCAGUGAAGAAUUGUCUUAUAUAACUAAAAAAGUAAUUACUGGUUUUCCAAAUACAUAUACAUUUACAAAAAAUAUUGCGGAAUCGUUAGUGGACGAGUGGCGCUAUCGUUUGCCAAUAGCGAUUUUUAGACCAUCUGUAGUUCUAGCGUCAAUAGAAGAACCAGAACCUGGUUUUCCACCAUCGUUGAUGGGGGCUAUAGGUCUUUUCGUUAUUAGUGGCGCUGGUAUUCUUAAUUGUAUUUCUAUGGCAAAAAACGAGCGGUUAGAUAUGACAGCAUUGGAUAAUUGCACUAAGACUAUGCUCUAUUAUGGAGUAAAAGCCUCCGAAAUAUAUAAAACAAGCGUACCAGACACAACACCCGUUUAUGCAACUUCGUCCUCCAAACAUUUACCAUACGCUUUCAGCGCAUUUCUUGAAGUAGUUAAUGACUUCGGACUUCAAACAUGUGUUUACGAGAAACAAUUUAUGCUACCUCACUUAUCUGUAAUAGAUAAUAGACUCGAAUAUAGAAUAUUAGUUAUAUUGAAGCAAGUAGUUCCUGCUUUCUUGGGAGAUGGAUUGCUUCGUUUGUUUGGUUAUAAGCCUGCAUUACUAAGUGCUAUACGAAAAGCGUACGUAACUUUGGAAGUACUACAACCGUUUGUGUUUAAUACUUGGGAUAGUCCAGGAGUAACAGACUAUGAGCAAAUGGUGGAGGACACAAAGGGAACUGAAUUUGAUGUAUCCAAUAAUACAAUAGUGGCAUAUGAUGUAGAGAAUUUAAGGAUCAUGAUGAUAAGGUUGAUGUAUAAAGCUCGGGAAGUGUUGCUGAAUGAAGAUAUUAGCACCUUACCCAGAAGUCGUAAAAUAUUAAAAAUAAAAAGGUUUAUUUAUGACUUGCUGUGUUUCUAUCUGUUUGUAUAUAUCUUUAGAAAAGUAUAUCAGAUAAUAUUCAAUUAUGUCUAAUUAAUUUAUUUAUUUUUUGAGAAAAUAAAU